ACCGCUCGUUGCUAUGUGUCUCGGGAGCAAACCCUUGGUGCACUUAAUUAACCGAGUCUUCAGGGCCGGCCACUGCGCACGUCAACGCUAGUCCCGAUGGGAAGCCAGCUUCUGUCCAUCGUCGAGCGUCGCGAGGUCCUCCCGGAGAGCUAUAUCCGGCCGGAGUCCGACAGGCCGCGGCUCGCCGAAGUGAUGACGGACAGCAACGUCCCGCUCGUCGACCUCUCGUCGCCGGAUAAGCAACGUGUCAUCGCCGAGAUUGGCCUGGCUUGCCGCACCUAUGGCUUCUUCCAGGUCAUAAACCAUGGAAUAGAAAAGGAGCUACUGGACAAAAUGAUGGCCGUGGGUCUGCAGUUCUUCCGUCUCCCGCCAGAGGAGAAGGAGAAGCUGUACUCAGAUGAACCGUCCAAAAAGAUAAGGCUCUCCACCAGCUUCAACGUCCGCAAGGAGACGGUGCACAACUGGCGCGACUAUCUGCGUCUUCACUGCCACCCUUUGGAGGAGUUCUUGCCGGAAUGGCCAUCCAAUCCUGAAUCCUUCAAGGAGAUAGUCAGCGAGUACUGCCGCGAGGUCCGGCGGCUCGGGCUCCGGCUUCUGGGCAUGAUCUCCCUCAGCCUCGGCCUGGAGGAGGACUACAUCGAGAAGGCCCUCGGCGAGCAGGAGCAGCACAUGGCCGUGAACUACUACCCGCAGUGCCCGGAACCCGACCUCACCUACGGCCUGCCCAAGCACACCGACCCCAACGCCCUCACCAUCCUCCUCCAGGACCCCAACGUCGCCGGCCUCCAGGUCCUCAAGGACGGCGACCACUGGAUCGCCGUCAACCCCCGGCCGAACGCUCUCGUCAUCAACCUAGGCGACCAGCUGCAGGCGCUGAGCAACGGCGCGUACAAGAGCGUGUGGCACCGCGCGGUGGUGAACGCGGCGCGAGAGCGCAUGUCGGUGGCAUCUUUCCUGUGCCCGUGCAACAGCGCGGUGAUCAGCCCCGCGGCGGGGCUCGUCGGCGACGGGGACCCGCCCGUGUACCGGAGCUACACCUACGACGAGUACUACAAGAGGUUCUGGAGCAGGAACCUGGACCAGGAACACUGCCUGGAGCUCUUCAGAAGCGCCCAGCUCCAGUAACUAUCUGGCGCAUUUGAGGCUUUGCUUAUAAAGUAGUACGUACGUUUGUUCGGUUUGUUUCAUGGAACAUUAUCAUUCAUCGUACGCUGGCCAGCAGCCAAUUCCGUGCCCGAAUGUACCAUUUCCUUGUGUGGUUUGCCCUAGCUUUUUCUUAUACCUGCGGCUCUAUAUGUGUACCGUGUUAUGCCAUUAUGCCAUUAUGUUUGGCGCCGCUAUGCAUGACAGCAAAAAGGAAAACAUGCUUUGAGACUACGUAA